AUGGCCGAGCAGAUUUCAUCCGACAACAACGACUCCCUCAACAUCUAUAUCUUGACCUACAACUGCGCACGCACCCUCAUCAAUCCUGCGCUUUUCGCUCCGUACCUCUUCCAUGCGCUGCCCCCAAACAGCGACGCGCCAGAACUUCUCGUCCUUUGCCUACAGGAGCUCGCUCCGAUCAGCUAUGCGUUCCUUGGGGGCUCCUUCCUAACACCCUAUUUCAAGGCAUUUCGGGAAGUCGUCCGGCUCGCCUCCAAGGACCACGGAUACGUCAACGUGGUGAGUAGGAACCUGGGCAUGACUGCCAUUAUGGUGUUCCUAAGGGAUGACGUCGUCGAGCGCCUCGCGUGGGUCAGAACCGCCGGAGUGGGGGUGGGUGUGAGCGACAUGGGUAACAAGGGUGCUGUGGGCGUCCAACUGGGGUAUAGGGCAGCCCGGGGUGAGUUACCAGCAGGUGGCGAGGCCGACAACCCUGAAGGCGAGACGGUCGAGUUCACCUUUGUCUCGGCCCAUCUGGCCCCCAUGGAGGACGGUCUCGAGAGGCGAAAUGAGGAUUACAAGAACAUUAUGCAGAGAUUAGUAUUCGUCCCAGACCAGAGGCUCCAGACUCCGUUGGCUCGAGGGGAAGAAGGGGAAGAUGCCCCUCUUCUGCAAGGAGACGUCGCUUGGCAGGAGAAUGAGACCCUGACGGAAGAAAGAGGGAUGUACUCGCCAUCAUCAUCAUAUUUCUUCUUCGCAGGUGAUCUCAACUAUCGCACAUCGCUGCUUCAACCGUCCCCGCAGGACGUCAGGGACAAAUUCCCGCAGCCCAGCGCCAACACAGACGGCCCCAUAGAGUUUCGCGAGCUGCUGGCCGAAGACCAACUUACUCAGCAGGUCGAGGCUGGGAAGACUCUACACGGUCUGACAGAGGCGCCAAUCACGUUCCCUCCCACCUACAAGUACCACACCGACGGAAGCAAGGCUGUCCUGCUUGUGAAUGGAGAAGACCGCGAGCACUGGAGCUGGGCACGUCAUCGCUGGCCGAGCUGGUGCGACCGAAUCUUCUUCUCGACACCCAAGCAAGGUGACGUCAAAGUGACUCCGCAGAGAUACACCUGCCUGCCGCUCUUUGCAACCUCGGAUCACCGUCCAGUAGCACUGGCAGCCUCUGUGUCCCUGAAGGCGGUAUCGAAUGCAGGGCGUGUGGAGGUUGAGAGGGGCCCGACAGCACCGUUCGGCAUCGACCCGGGGUGGAGGACCAAGAGGAUCCAAGCACGCAGGAAGGAGUUGGCCGUGGGGAUUAUGGCGUAUCUGGCACUCACACGGGAAGGUAACGGCCUGCUGGUUGCAACGACGAUUGGCCUUGUGGGUGGGUGGUUGAUUAUCAGAUCUCUCCUCCUGGGGUGA